AUGAAUCACUCGCUCCGGAAACGCGAGAACUUGGCUUCGAUCAGCCUAGCCACACAGAUUCUCUGCUUUAGUAUCGUAAUACCUUUGGUGGCGCUAAGAUUCUUUGCCAAGUUCAAAUUACGUCUCCCGUUCGGACUUGAGGAUGCAUCUUGCUAUGCGGCGUUGAUCCUGUUUUCACUUACUCUGGAGGACCCAUUUCUCACACCUCCCCCACAACAUGGGAUCGUGAAGUCAAAUACAGAGUAUGCUCACUGGCAAAACCUUUUUACGCAAUUCGUACUGACAAAUAAGAUAUUUUAUAUCGCUACGAUGUUCUAUGUUCCUAUGGUACUUUUCGUCAAAACCUCACUCAUCUACAUCAUGAUUCGACUGUGGAAACCAUACCGUGGGAAGAUCAUAUCAUUGUACACCUUCCUCGGUUUCAUCACAACAUACUACACGGUGAUCUUAUUCGUCAAGAUCUUCAAUUGCAACCCUAUUCGUUCAUUCUGGGACGUUAAUAUUCCCGGCGCGUCGUGUUUGAACCGAGCCGCCAUCAUAAUCACCGACUCGUCCAUUAGUGCCAUGACCGACUUGGCCAUUAUAAUUUUUCCCAUCGUCUUGACAUCGACUUUGCACGUACCUCUUUCCAAGAAGUUGCAUGUCAUUGCCAUCCUGGGAGCGGGAAGCAUUGCCAUCGCUUUCAGUAUCUACCGAUUAGUGCUAGUCAUCAUCGAAAGACAUGACUCAGAUGAGAUUGAAGUCUUCAUGAGAGUUUUACUAUCCGACAACGGAGAAGGCGGAUUGGGGCUUAUCUGCACUUGCAUUCCAUCAAUCGGCAAACUCUUCAGUCAAUACAAUGAGAGAUGGAAGCAGAGAAACAGAGGGAAACAAGAGCAAAAGGAGCUCUGUGCUAGUCUUACUCCUGAUCGAAAUGUCGAUGAGGAUGAACAUACACCGUCAAGUCUUCCAAGUAUAUCGGGUCGAGAUUCUUGUGCCCUCACAGUUUAA